GAAAUCGUGCGCUGUACACAGUAAUGGAGCAAGGGAGGAAGAUUUAUAUAUCUAUCGUUCUUUAUCCAGACCAGUGACAUUGGGAAAAUAAUAUAUUUUUCACAGGAGCCCUGGCCAAGAAGAGGUGGCGUGAUGUCGUCAGAUAGGGAUAAAGGGACAGUGUACGACAACUUCCAGCUCAGGAACCAAUGGGAGAACAGAGCUAAGCAGUUCAGUCAGAAGGGACAACUGGAAAAGGAGAGACAAGGCAAGAGUGCCUUGAAUGGGCUUUACAAAAAGUGGCAGUCUCGCCUGGCGAACACAAAUGGAGCCCCUACGGCAGCGGAGAAGAAAGGAAAGGGCAGCAACAUAUCUGACUUCAGAAAGGUUGCGGUGAUCCUAGACAUUGAUGCUGACAUCGAAAGAGCCAUGUUUAAGGUGGUACCACCACCAAAGAUUCCCAAACCUGCUCCAUCCCCACCACCCACAAAGAAACCACCCAAGAGGGCAAAGCCUCAAGUUCUCAAACCAGCCGGAGGCUGGGAUGAGUCAUGGAAGAGCCUGAAGCCCCCAGAGCAGGAAGUGCAACCUGAGGAAAAAUGGUGGAGGGAUUUGAAGCCAGAUCGAUAUCUACCUCUCAGCGAAUGGGCAAGGCCCUUCAAAUGUCAACCACUGUUAUUCAGUUUCAUCCUUCACCAGCAAACAGAGUGGUGGCAGCGAGGAUGGCCAGUGUUCAGCUGGGAACAAAACAACAAACUAUUGAAAGCUAAGCCUUUGGAUGUCGAAGUAAACCUUCUAGGGUGGGAGGACGCUUGGAAGACAUCCAAAUCUUUAUCCAAGCAACACAUUGAGAACCAGAUGAUUACAGAAACAGUACAGCUCAAAGCCUUCUUCCCAGGCUGGACAGAAUCUUGGAAGGUCGCAGGUGAAAAUGUCCAAAACAGUGGCCAAUAUCUGAGGGAUUGGCACGAGUCCUGGAGUUUGUGCCAAGAACACCACUGGUACAAGGCCCCCAUAGACUCCCAGUUGAUGUCAAAACAUGUGUUGUCCAAUGAGUUGUUGACCUCUCAGCUUGAUGAGGAUAUCCCAUCUUCAUCAGAUUGGAUAGAGUCCUGGAAAUCUGUGAAAUCUCAGCCCCAGUACCAAGAGUCCCAGUCAGAGCCCAAAGGGACUGAAUUAAAGGUAGAAAUGUCCCAUGUGCCACUGCAUUUGCAGUUCCACAAGCUUAACACACCUUUCUCAAAGUGGCACGAGUCUUGGAAAGUGUCAACUGCAAACAAUGAAGCAAUUGAAGAUGGAUGGAAAGGUUCCUGGAAGAUAUGUAGUCAGCAUCAAAAUGACACAAAUGCCCAAAGAGAUGUUGUGUUUCUCUCAAAUAAGUACAAGACCCAAAGGUUCUGGGGUGUUGACAGCAUGCCUCUGAGUGAAUGGUCUAAAUCCUGGAAGACCCCCAUGCCUCCCCAACAUACUUUCUUGCCAGGUUGGAAAGAAUCUUGGAAACAAAACAGCAAUCCAUAUUGGAAGGAUUGGCAUGAGUCCUGGAGUUUGUGCCAAGAACACCACUGUUGCAAGUCCUUUAUGGACUUCCAGUAUUGCCAUCAUGCUAUGAUGAUGUCAAAAUGCUUGCUGACCAAUAAGCUGUUGAGCUCCCAGCUUGAUGAGGAAAUCCCAUCUUCAUACGAGUGGAUUGUGUCCUGGAAAUCUGUGAAACCUUAUCCUCAGUCCCAGUCAGAUUCAGAAGAAACUGAAUCAGAGUUGGAAAUGUCCCAUGUCCCACUGCAUCUUCAGUUCUACAAGCUUAACACACCUUUCUCAAACUGGCAUGAUUCUUGGAAAGUGUCCACUGCGCAAGCUGUAGCAGAUAAAGAUGAACAACAUCCUUCAACAGAAUGGACGGAUUCCUGGAAGAUAUCUUGGACGAACCUAAAUAGAAAUGACUUAAAACCCCAAAGGGAUGUUGUAUUUUUCUCAAGGCAUAAGACUGAAUGUUUUUUGAGUGUUGACUGUAUGGUCCAGAAUGAAUGGUCUGAAUGCUGGAAGACCAUCAAGCCUACCCAAUACACUACGACACAGGAGGAGGAGGAGGAAAAAGAUAGCCAUUCUGAUUCCUCUAAACAUUUGUCACAUCUAAUAGAGAUUCCUUUGAUUGAUUGGGCAGAAUCAUGGAGGUUCAAGCCAGAGGAUGAGAGCCCCACCUCACCCAAGAUGACACAGCCCCUAGCUCCAAAACCAGAGGAGGAGAUGCUGAAAGCCAGCACACCAUCACAUCCUCAGCCUUACAAAUACAAUCUUAACCAGGCAAUCUGGGGUGAUUCCUGGAAAAUCCUGAAGCCCCCACAGAAGGAAGUCCCAUCUGGAAAAAAAUGGUGGAGGGCGUUUAAGCAGGACAGAAACCUACCUUUCAAUGAAUGGGCAAAGCCCUUCAAGUGUCGACCACUGCUAUUCAGUCGCUUACUGCACACACAAACAACAUCCUGGCAGCAGGGAUGGCCAGCGUUCAGCCGGGAACAAAGCAACAAACUACUGAAUGCUAAGCGUUUGGAUAACAAAGUAAACCUUCCGAAGUGGGAGGAUGCAUGGAAGACACUCAAGCCUUUACACAAGCAGCAUACUGAGAACAAGAUGAUUACAGAAAGGGUACAGCCCGAUGGCUUCUUGCCAGGUUGGACAGAAUCUUGGAAGGUCGCAGGUAACAAUGUUCAAAACAUCAAUCCAUAUCUGAAGGAUUGGCAGGAGUCCUGGAGUUCUUGUCAUGAACAUCACUCAUACAGGGCCUCUAUAGACUCCCAGAAUCGGCAGUAUCUCCCUGUAUCACUAAAACACAAGCUGUUCAGGGAUCUGAUGAUCUCCCAGCUUGAUGAAAACAUUACGUCCUCACCAGAAGGGGUAGAGUCCUGGAAAUCUUUGAAAAAUCAACCUCUGUUCCAGGCAGAGCCCGAAGAAAUUGAAUCAGAGAUAGAUAUGCCUGAUGUGCCACUGCAUCUCCAGUUCCACAAGAUUAACACACCUUUCUCAGACUGGCACCAGUCUUGGAAAGUGUCAACUGCAGAAAGUGAAGGCGAAAAACAACAGAGAGAAUGGAAUGGUUCCUGGAAGAUAUAUUGUCCGUAUCUGUCAAAAAACAACACAAAAGCCCAAAAUGAUUUCGUGUUUUUGUCCAAUAAGCAUAAGACUUACAAGUGCCUGGGUGUCGAUCAUGCUGAAAACAGCAUGCCUCAGAAUGAAUGGUCUGAAUCUUGGAAGACAAAGCAGCACCAGCAGCAGUUGGAGGACUGGGCAGAGUCUUGGAGGUUAUCUGUCACCCCAGAAUCCAACAACACAGUAUCACUGGACCGGUGGAAACAAUCAUGGAGACUCUCAAAACCAAAUCACCCACACCAGCUUAACCAGGGCACAGAGCCUCUCAUACACAACAGCCCCAAACACCACAUGCAACUCCACGAGGUUGAACUGCCCCAGGCAGAAUGGAGCAACUCCUGGCAGUACCUCAAGUCAGACACUCUGGAUCCUAACACGAAAAAGGAAACAUACAUACAGUAGAACAUUAUAAAAUGUAUGUCAAAUGAUCAGAUAUGCAUUUGAUCCUAUACUAUUUUUACUUCAUGUCAAUAUACAUACUUGUUAAAUGUCUUAUUAUUGGACACAUUGGAGUGAGACUAGCAGCAUUCUCUGCUGCAGGGAGGAGGUUGGGGUGGAUGAAGUGUAUAACACGUGGUUUGCAUUGCUCUUGGAAACUUUAAAUCUAACCUAAACUAAUUACUUCUAUUCUAUUGACUGAAAUGUUGUUUUCUACCUGCUGUUGUUGCUAAUUCUAUUAUUGCUGGUUGUCUUUGUGACUACAUUAAUGCUUGAUUGACGAACACUUUAUCCAUCUGGGAUUAAUAAAUACA